CCCCGCCUCCACUACACUCAGGUGACCGGGAAGGAAGUGUAUUCGUGACGUCAUUUCCGGCAGCGGAGGACGGGGGAGAUGGCGGCCGGGUGAGCGUCCGGAGCGGAGAUCGGUGACCGGGAAGCAGUGACGUCACACCAUGACGCGGGACGCUGAGUCACGUGACGAGCUGCCGGACUGGGCCGGAGCCAAAGAAUUCUACCAGAAAUACGACCCGAAGGAGAUCAUCGGCCGGGGGGUCUCCAGCACGGUCCGGCGCUGUAUACACCGAGAAACCGGCCGAGAAUAUGCCGUGAAGAUAAUUGAGGUGACGCCAGAGAAGCUGAGCCCCGAACAACUGCAGGAGGUGCGACUGUCCACCGCCAAGGAGAUGGAGAUCCUUCACCAAGUGUCCCAACACCCGUCCAUCAUAACCCUCAUCGAUUCCUACGAGUCUUCCACAUUCAUCUUCCUGGUCUUUGACUUGAUGAAGAGAGGAGAGCUGUUUGAUUACCUCACAGAAAAAGUCAAGCUGAGUGAGAAGGAGACCCGGUGCAUCAUGCGCUCUCUGCUGGAGGCGGUGUCUUAUCUGCACAGAAAUAACAUUGUCCAUCGUGAUCUGAAACCGGAGAACAUCCUAAUGGACGACUGUCUGAACAUCAAGCUGUCUGACUUUGGCUUCAGCUGCGUCCUGAACCCUUCGGAGAAGUUGAGAGAGCUGUGUGGGACUCCGGGGUAUCUGGCUCCAGAAAUUCUCAAGUGUUCUAUGGAUGAGACUCACCCUGGAUACGGCAAGGAGGUGGACCUGUGGGCGUGCGGUGUGAUCAUGUUUACCCUGCUGGCCGGCUCCCCUCCAUUCUGGCAUCGGAGACAGAUGUUGAUGCUUCGUAUGAUCAUGGACGGACGCUUCCAGUUCACGUCUCCGGAGUGGGAUGACCGAUCUGCCACGGUGAAGGACCUGAUCAUUCGUCUCCUCGAGGUGACUCCGGAGAAGCGUCUCACGGCGGAGCAGACGCUCCAGCACCCGUUCUUCCAGAGCCACCAGAGGGAGCGUGGCUCCACUAUCACUCCCUAUUACCGCUUUCGGAGGGCGGCCUGGGCGGCUCUGGCGUGUGUGAGGAUAAUGGUGAGAUGGCGGCGAGCUCGGCCCGUUACCAGUGAGCUUCUCAUCAGGGACCCGUAUGGCAUAAAGGGCGUCCGAAGACUCAUCGAUGCCUGCGCCUUCCGGAUCUACGGCCACUGGGUGAAAAAGGGCGAGAGACAAAACCGGGCGGCUCUAUUCCAGAACCAGCCCAAAGCUCUGCUGCUGACGCUGGGGGAGGAUGAGGAUCGGGAUGGCGAGCUGUAACGGGCAAGAAGC